CACGGACAGCGCGCGGCGGGGCACACAGCGGGGACGCAUGGGAGGCGGUGUGGCGGCACGGGCGCCGGUGGCUGCGCCGGGAGGCAGCGUGGGCGUCUCUCUCAUCUCUCGUCUCUGCGUCCCCGUUCACGACCAGCGCGACCAGCUGCACGCCUCUCCUUCGCCCACAUUCCCUUCAGCAGCCAUGUUCUCGCGCUCCCUCGUCGCGUCCCUCGCAGCCCUCGUCCUCGCAAACGCCGCCUCCGCCCAGUCGUGCGCGCGCACCUACACCGUCAAGGCGGGCGACAUCUGUGACAGCAUCUCCGCUGCCCAGAACGUCUCCACCUACCAGCUGGCGACCGUCAACCCCGAUAUCGACACUCGCUGUGACGACCUCACCCCCGGCGAGCAGCUCUGCCUCGGCUACGUCGGCUCCGACUGCACCACCACCCAUGUCGUCACCGCCGACGAGUCCUGCGACGGCCUCGCCGCUCUCUACACCAUGAACACCACCGUUCUCAUGGACAACAACCCCCAGAUCGACGCCGACUGCGCCAACAUGUACACCGGCGAGGUCCUCUGUGUCGCCACGGGCGCCCUCACCGUCCCCUCCGCGACCGCAGCCGCGUCCUCCGCAGCCGCCUCCGCAACCGACACCGGCGACGACGACGACGGCGACAUCCCCUUCUGCGACGAGCUCUAGGCGGCAGCAGGAUCCCCCGCACGGUGCCCACACCACGGAGGAACCUGCUGGCCGCGUUUCGUCUCGUCGCUCGUCGCUGGGCCCGUGUCGCGUUUCGCACUGCACCGCCCCCCACAUCAUACCAUACACCGCUCGUUUAGCUGACCCCCUUGUCCUUCUACACCGUGUUCCGCAUACUGUCUGUCGCAUCCUGUCGCAAGCGCUAGGAUACCGCGCUGACCCGUACCCCGUACUACCCUCUUGCUGUAUACCCGACACGAUACGUAUGCUAGUCUGCGCGCCGUCCGGGUUCUAUCGACUUGAAUUGAUUUCAACUCGCCGGUUCCGUACUCAAUAUUCAAUAAUCACCUUUGUUCCAUGUUA